CGCAGGAAACGGACGUGGCCGCGCGCUCGGUUUCUCCCCCUCGCUGCCCCCACCAUGCGGGCUCGUCGAAAUUUCAAUUUUCUCCCCAUACUCAUAGCGAAUAUUUGUAAAUAAUAGAAUGGAGAAUUCUGAAACAACCCGCUGAGUGGACCUCGACGUCAAUUCGUAUUUUCUCAUUUCGAUUCUAUUGGAACGUAAGAGAAUCCCUCGGCGAAGGACAUGGAGAAAUUUCAUUUAGCUUUUAACGAAGACAAAAGAGUCGGCGUUAAAGCCCUCAGACGCCUCGAUUCGAGUCGCGAAUCUCGCAAACCUGUCGAACGAUUGAUUAUUUGAUUGUUUUCUUUCUUUCUCAUGAGAAACAGAUAAUAUUAAUAUAGUCAAGAAGGAAAUUGGAGAAAAGUGUUAGUUCGGUGAUCAACGCGCAUUCCCCGCGUGUACGGUGAACACAUCGCGCGCGUUCACCUCGUCGUGGAGCAGCAGGAGGAAAAAAAAUAUUCGAGACGGAACGUGAGGAAUAACUGCAACGUUCUAACUAUUCGUCAUUAUAUCUUACGGGCUCGCGAGUCACCAAGAUUCAUCAUUCUUUUUUCUUAUUUAUCCAAGAAUAUGUGAAAGAAGAGUGUUUUCGAUCGUUGCCUGAAGAAGAUAUCAUUAUUAUUAUUAUUAUUGUGCGUGCGGGCGUUCGAGUGUAUGCGCGCGUGUGAUUACGGGUGUGCUCCGAGCACGUGGCAAGCCUCAAAGUAUUCGCGUGUUCAGUGCUCCUGACGGCUUUUAUUCGCUUCUUUCUUUCUCCUUGGAUUUUCACAAUUCCGAUGGUAUUUCAGAACAUCGAAAUGAGGAAUACUGGCUUCCUCUUUCUCGAGGAUGCCAGACAUGGAUACAUUCAGUAUAUUAGCUUGAGCGAAUGUUACUUUGCUGGAAAAGGAGCGGCUCUCGUGCUGCCACCAAACGAAAGAGCACGACCGUCCCGUCGUGUCUCGGCAGCGGGAUGCGACAUACAACAGCACCUCCAAUCCAUGUUCUAUUUGCUCAGACCCGAGGAGACCCUUAAAAUGGCGGUCAAAUUGGAGUCCGUGCAUCCCGGUAGAACGCGUUAUCUCGUUGUGGUAUCCUGCACAGGACGCCAAGACGCCGAAGAAAGUUGCCUGUUGGGCAUUGACUGCCAUACACGUGCCACCGUAGGUCUAGUUCUUCGAGUUCUCGCCGACACUGCCAUUACAUUGGACGGCGACGGAGGUUUCAGCGUAAGCGUAUGCGGUCGUCAACACAUCUUCAAGCCGGUCUCGGUGCAGGCUAUGUGGUCUGCCCUCCAAACAUUGCACAAGGUGUCGAGCAAAGCGAGAGAACAGAAUUACUUUCUUGGUGGAUUGUCGCACGAUUGGGUCAGUUACUAUGAGCAACGUAUCGAGAGUGAUCGCUCGUGCCUCAACGAGUGGCACGCAAUGGACAAUCUCGAGUCCCGAAGGCCACCAUCGCCCGACAGCGUUCGCAACAAACCCCGUGAACGCGAGGAAACCGAGCGCGUUAUCCGCGCAACUCUUAAGGAGAUAAUGAUGUCUGUUGACCUCGACGAGGUCACGUCAAAGUACAUACGCGGUCGUCUCGAAGAGGAUCUAGACAUGGAUCUUGGCGAGUUUAAACCGUUCAUCGAUCAAGAAAUGCUCGUUAUACUCGGACAAAUGGAUGCGCCUACGGAAAUUUUCGAUCACGUUUAUCUGGGUAGCGAGUGGAACGCGAGUAAUCUAGAGGAAUUGCAGAAAAAUGGAGUACGUCACAUACUGAACGUGACACGGGAAAUUGACAAUUUCUUCCCGGGUAUGUUCGAUUAUUUGAAUGUGCGAGUUUACGACGACGAAAAAACGGAUUUACUGAAGCACUGGGACGACACGUUCAAAUAUAUCACGAAAGCGAAGAAAGAAGGAUCGAAAGUUCUGGUUCAUUGUAAAAUGGGUGUAUCGAGAUCAGCCUCAGUCGUAAUCGCAUACGCGAUGAAGGCCUACAAUUGGGACUUUUCGCAAGCGUGGAAACAUGUCAAAGACAAGCGCAAUUGUAUCAAGCCCAACAACAGUUUUCUACUGCAAUUAGAAACGUAUCAAGGAAUAUUGGAUGCAAUGAAGAACAAAGAAAAGCUCCAAAGAUCCAAGUCUGAAACGAAUCUCAAAUUGCCGAGUGUCGUUAUGAUUGGCACUAAGGAAAACGAUCAAGAAGACGGUGAGAACGACGAGGAGGAUAACGAGGAUAGAGAAGAGUACGUUGAGAUCGACGAUGAUGACCAGGACCAUGACGAUGGUGUCGAUGACGAUCCUAACCAUGGCUGUGUAUCCAACAUUUCUGGCAUUGAACUCAAAAAGACUGGCCAAAGACCGAAGAGCUGGUCGCCCAGCGGCGAAAUCAUCGAAAACGUGAUGCCCCUUGCGCCGUUCUCGCAGUCUCUUGAAAGUAUCGAUCGAGCAGCGGGGGUAACGAGGCAGGAAGUAACGCGAGAAGAACUUUUGCUUUCGGAGGUGGAACCAAAAAAAGCGUUGGUCGAGCAGGAGGCUCGUAACGUAUUGAUGCCAUGUUGCAACGGCCAGUCGUACAGCGUCUCACAAAAUCAAAUAGUACAUUUGCCAGGACCGGAUGUGACGCCUAGUGUAAAAAAUCGUGUUAGUAAACUGGAGACUCAGGGUCAUCGAAGGCGAGGCUUGGUUUUGAAUUUGACGAAUCAAUUUGAGGCUGCGGUUAGUAAACCGGCGUCACCGGAGAGCGAAGGCGAAAUAUCACCGAAAAGAACGACGAGUCCGCACAACGAGCGUUUUCACGAAAACGGCGUAAUGACUGCGACGACGAAAGUGAUAAAAAAUCGUGAUGCUAAUAAAAGCGAAGAAAGUGAUGAUUGUCUAGUCUGGACAGCGUCGACGGACAGCACCGAAUACGCUGAUAAUGAUACCACCGCGUCGAUCGCAAAAACUUUGAUAAGCACUGAAAAUUCAGCUUCGAGGAUAGACUAUCAGAAUAGCGAAGUUUUUAAAACCACAGGUUCAAUGACGAGCCCACAAACGACGUUGACAGCGAUCACGACGGCGAAGACGUCUUCGACGACAACUACAACGUCAACGACGACGAGUCUUAGCGGCUCGAAAAAUUGUUUGAGACGCGGUGGAAAACGUGGCGAUCUCGAUCCAUUCAGUUCUCAACUCGAUCGUGUCUUUGAUCGCGAAGAAAGACGGGGGGGCGUUGAACCGACCCGCGAAUCACCCAGUCGACAAAGUUCCUGGAGUAGUUACGACAGCGCGGUAGUAUUAGAAAACAAUUCGGUUCACAGCUCUUGGGCAACUUUGCCAUCGAGAAACAGCUCAUGGGGUUCGUACGAUAUGAGACCCAGUGAUUCUCUAGGCUCCAGCGGUUUGUUUCCAUACGACAAAGAAGAAAUCCCAUGGCAUCCUGGUACAGUUAAACGUACGAAACAAAAACUCGAAGAAUCUAACAAUAGUGGCACGCUUAAGCGACGCUGUACGACCUCCGGACCUGAAAACGAGAACAAAGUCACGUCGCGAUUGAGCAUCGCUUGCAGCAAUGACGAACCGACCAGCGAUUAUAAUCCCGUACUUUUGCACUAUACCCCUUCGCCAACUCCCCGAAGAAGGGAUUCUCCCGGUAACAACGAGGACAAUCAAAAUAACCGUAAAAUCUCGAGUCCCGAAUCUAUAGACUGUAUGGAUAUUUCCUCGUCCACACUCGCGAGACAAUUAUCGAGAUUGUCAACCAGUGCCCCAUUGCCAUCCUCCUUGUCCACCGUUAUCGACGAGAUACCCACGGUUUUGCGUACCUGUCGUUCCGAAAGUGAAACAUCCAGUCCUUCGGUCGUAAAUACCACCCAAUGCUCCUCCGUUAAGCAUCACAAAAUGUUACUUGAAAAUUUAACAAACAAGACGAACUUUAACAAACGUUGUCUCUCCGUGGACGAUUCACCGGCUGAACAAAAUUUGUCGUCCUCGUCAUCGGCUUCUUCUUCUUCCUCCUCAUCCUCCUCCACAUCCUCCACAGCCUCGUCCGAUGGUUCGAGAAAUAUCUCCGGUAUGGUAAAGAAUCUCAAAAAGGAAUUCGAGGCUAAAUCAAGCAUGUAUGAAAAAAGCCCCGACGCUACUUCGAACAGCGAACAAAGCGGUGAUGGACAAUGGACAAGAAGAGACACGAAAAUUGUACGAAGUUUACCCUCCUCGCCUGUUAUAGCACACAGCGAAACUAAAAUUCGAUCGUCACUCGUUGUUCCUCCUAACAAAAUUUCACACGAGAACAACGACGAAUCAUCCUCUCAUGAAAACAACGAGGAUCUUUCCGUUCGUGUCCUCGUCGGCAAAUACGAGAUUUCCAAGAGUUCCUACGAUACUACGAAAAAUUCCGAACUGUCCACGAGAUCACGGGAACGUGAAAUGUCUUCUAACUUUUCUCGUAUCGAAGCUCAUCCACCGGCAAGAUCGAAAAUAGCUACCGAAGAGUUUACUCGUCGAUCCGCUCCCAUCGUCAUUAAUCAUCAAGCCUCCAAUAUAUUUUCUAAUGAUAGCCCCGAAGCCCCUGGACGACCUCCCGUUGUCCCCACAUCCAGUGUCGUUGUCGCGAGUGUCGUUGCCAAGGCUGCGAGUAAAAAACAGCAGUUGCAACAACACGGACGUACGCAUCCACUCGCGAGGCUGCAGGUCAGACCCAGACACAACAGUCCCGUUUACAAUACUAUGUGAACCAUGUGACCGCUCUUUUUUUAUUUGUGAUGUGAACAACAAUAAUUACAACAAGAUUAACAUAAAAAAAAAAAACAACGUGAAUUCGAAAUAGACAUGAAAAAAAGGACUAAUGAAAUGUGUACCACCGUGUGAACAAUUUUCGGGACGCAAAAUCCCGUUUUCGUUUGGUAGGGAAAUGAUGAUGAUUAUACAACAUCGUGUAAUCGCUUCAGCGCCAUUGUGAAUAUCUUUCUCCUUCGUUUAUGUUUUUCUUAUUUUUCCUUCGCCGUUCGCGCCAGCUCUAUACUCCUCUCUUAAAACGACGACUUUGCUAUCAUGAGCGCAAAGAUCAGUUAUUUUUCUAGUCGAUUCGAUCACCGAUUAGAGCAAGAAAGAGUAACUGUGGUUGCUGUUUGUUUUUUCUACAAUUUAUCGAUUUCGAGUAUGAAAAAAGAAUGUGUUGACGUUUGUUGUAACGAUGAAACGCUACUGAAUUUACUUUAUUUCUUACUUCAAUUUUGGAUUGCGCCUAUCGUGGAGAUAAAUCAUUUGAAAUGUAGCAUUUUAUAAUUCUGGUUUCGUAUGGAAAAUGCAUUCGAACAAAAUUCACCGAAGCUUUCUCAAUUCUCUGGCUGAAAUAUAAUAAUGGAGCCGAAAACGUAGAUCUUUCGUUUUUCACGCUACGAGACAAAUUCGAUUAGUAAAAUAAAAUUAAACGAAAAGUCGGAUGAAAGCAUAGAUCGCAACGUACUUGUACUACAAGUCAAAAUGUGCAGAAAAAAUAACAUUUUUAUCUACUUUUGUACGCAGGAACGUGCAAAUUUAGUUGAAAACAGUGAAUGUUCGAACAGACCCGCGUUUUGUAUGACCGACAAAUGAUUGUUUUUCUUUUCAAUGAAAAAUGUAAACGAAUGAAUUCAAUCGUCCUCGAAUUAAUAUUCUAAAAGCGAAUAUUUCAAUGAACAUAAAUUUUUUUUAGACGAUUCUUUGUUAUUCGAAAACACGUACCAACCACUCGUGAGUGUUUUCGCAAUUAUUCGGAAACAUCGUGUUUUGAAAAAAAGAAAAGGUUCCUCCAAUGCACUCUUCCAGUCAUGUAUAAAAUUAUACUUUUAAAAUUUUUCUAUAGAAUGAUAUUUUUAUUAUUAAGAAACUUUGGUCCAUGAUUUUGGCAUAAUAUUAUCAUACAGUCAUGUAACGAAGACGAAUAAUGAUUUGCAGAAAAAAAAAUAUUUUUUCAUUAUUGAAAGAAGAAUACUGGUGAAAAAUUGAGAAAAUGAAUUCCGUUGAACGAUGUUCGAAUUUUAUAUGACCACAAUAGCGAUCUUUUUGCUCGAGAAUCGCUCCAUCAAAGAGAGAAAGACAGAGAGAGAGAGAGAGAAAAAAAAUUGAAAAUUUUAAAAUUUUUUCUAUGUAUGGGUUUGGUGGCGAUUAAUUCUUAAAUACUGAAACUUGUGUCGGAAAAAGCUAAAACAAUAUGGUCGUAAGAAAAGUACAAUGGCCCAAUUUCGAAUAUAGAAUGUGAAAUAUCGAAAGAAUAAAAAAGUAAGAGAAUUGUGCGAUUGAUCGCGAGUGUUCAGUCAGGCUGUGAACGUAAAGUCUGAGCCUCGUGUUUUAAUUUUCAUCCUUAAUGAAUACCGAUUUUUGUUAUUCGUUCACAAAAAUGUUUCUCUCCUAAAAUAUCGGUAACCAAAACAGCUCUCUAUCUCUCGCUCUUGCUUUUCGCAUAAUUUGUUACGACAUUUUCGGUAUUUUUAUCCAGAAAAUGAGGACGCGUGUUCAUUUUUAAACAGUACCGGAGAUUUCUCCGUUGCUAAAGAGAUUGGCGAAAAAAUUAAGGGUGCGCGUGCACCUCGUGUAUUAUUAGUAAUUUAUGACGAUUUAUUGUGUAAUUAGAAACAGAAGAACGAGAGGGAGAGAAAGCGAACGAGAUAGUUUUUGUGUAUUGAAUUGUACAAUUAAAUCUGCUCAUCGAGCGUGGAUAAAUAAUGUGUGUGAAUAAGUGUGAAUGUAAGCAAAAAACAUGAGCGAUCGGUAAGGCUGAAUUUGUCCAUCUCUUAUGCGCAUUAAAGUUUUUUUUUUUGCUUCUGAAGAAAAAAUAGAGACCCGAUUGCCCACAACGGUUAUUCUUACUGCGAACGGUUUAUAAUUAUCCUACUAUCUGUACUUCUAUUAGGUAAAACAAUUGUCAUCGUCGCGAGAUUCCGAUCGAAUCCGUUCGAUCGUUUUUUAUUUUUUUGCCUUUUGUUUUCUCCAUGAAAGAGCAAUUUAUGGGCAUCGCGUCUCCACGCCAAUGUCUCGUGGUGCGGACCAGAUCUGUUUCGAAGCUUUCUUUCGCCUUUUGCUCCAUUGGAAACUUGCAUCUUUGAGUGAGCAUAAUGAAUUCCUGAUUAUUUUUUUUUUUUUCAUUAUUUUUCCUUCUGAAGGCACGUCAUCCAUCGUAUCGUUAUCCGCCUGAGAUCUUGCAAUGAAAUCCGCAUUCUCGUUUUACACAUAACAAUUCAACGACAUUCACUUAUUCUUCUUUAGCUAUCAUAUGAUGACAGCAUCGAAAUAGCAAGAAUUUUUAAAAUAACAGAAAUUGAGUUUACAGCGGACCACGCUAUCAUACAGACACGAAUCUGUGGCGUCGAUCAAUCGGAUAUGCAGACGAAAAAAUAAAACCAAGGACAUUCAGUUUUAAAAUUAAGUCAAUGAAAAAAAAAAAAAAAUCGACCAAUCUGGUAGAUUCACAGAGCGCAGAUCUUUAUAACUAUAGCUUAUAUUUUAUCACCAUUCGAUAAUUCCCUUCCCGCCGUUUUUUACCUCAAAACUAAAUAGCGAUCGAUAAGUGAAUUGGCGCCCCCUCCCCCCCCCCCCCCCCCCUCAAUCCCUCGCCCCGUGUAUUUCGACAAAUAUUAGUGAGAGACGUCCGGAAUUCCUGAUUUAUUUGAAAAUUUCGUAAUCGAGAAUGCCGGAUCGUUUUUUUUGUGUAUAAUAUUAGUGAUUUUAAGUGCAAAGAAACAAUUGAAAAUUGCGGAUAAAAACUAUUGUAUUCGUCGAGCGAGACUAUGGAGUAUGCGAAACAAUCUUUCUUUCCUGAGUGUGCGUACAUUUUGUGAAUGCUUUACUCCGGGGCUGUGCUUGUCGCUUGAAGCAAAGAAGCUCUCUUCUUUUGACAUGGUCGAACGGAGAAAAAGGCAGAGAGAGAAAGAGAGAAAGAGCACCAGAGCCAGAGUCGGUUUUAAUGUCGACUGAUUAGUUUAAGUAGCGUCGAGUAAUCUCUGGCAUUGGCCACUCUAAUUCGAUGUGUUUAUUUCUCUUUUUCGUUGAAUUAUGUAUUUCUUAUCUCGAGUUGAACAUUCACAACGCGUUCCCUCGAUACUCGAAAAUGAAAAUGAACCUGAAUCAGAGAGUGAGAGGAAGAGAGAGAGAGAGAGAAACAGCGGAGGAAAAAAAUUUAUAAUGAAAAAUAAAAACAAAAGGAAAAAAAAAAAAUUAUAUACAAACGCCGAGAAGAGCGGAAAGUUGGAGAUAAUCGUGCGUUGUUCUGUAUAAAUUUUGUACCAUAGUUUGUAUGAAAUAAAAGUACACUGUUUAUUGCUUGAGACAAAAA